AUGAGGCGCCUCCCCGAGCCCGGACUCCUGGGGUUCCAGUCCUCUUCGCGGCUGCUGCCUCAGUCCCACCAUGGAACUCUCUCGCAGCAGAUCUCCGCUCCCUCUGGGGCAAAGGGCAGAAAGCCCUGCAUUGCACCGGCAGGCAAGAGAGCCAGGAACAUGGUUGCAAGAACUCCGGGGACUCCUCUCUACCCCCACACCCCGAAAAAAUCUUCUCUACCGGAGCUUGGUGUCCCUGUUUUUUUAAUGCCAGUCCCUGAUGGCAGGGAAGGCCAAGCCGGAGACAGGAUAUUUUACUUAGGAGGGUGGUUAAACCUUGCUCUGUUGUACCAAAUGUUCCCUCCAGAAACUCUCCUCUGGACUUGGGGAGGAGAGGAAAAGGAAGGAUUUGGGGAAAUUGAAAAUGAUUUAAAGGCGCUCCCCCCCCUCCUCGUUCCGAAUCCCUCUCUUUGCUGCCCCCCUCCGACUAGAGAGAGGCGAGACACUCUCAACCCUAACCCCAAGAACCCCAGGACCCCUUCCUUCCUUCCUUCUUUCCUUCUUUCCUUCCUUCCUUCCUUCUUUCCUUCUUUCCUUCCUUCCUUCCUUCCUUCCUUCCUUCCUUCCUUCCUUCCUUCCUUCCUUCCUUCCUUCCUUCCUUCCUUCCUUCCUUCCUUCCUUCCUUCCUUCCUUCCUUCCUUCCUUCCUUCCUUCCUUCCUUCCUUCCUUCCAGUGCCUCCCUCCGGUAGAGGAAAGGAGCCAGCCUCCUUGAGGGAGCGAAAAGGUGUUCUCAGCCAGCGAGUUGUUACUGGGGCCCGAGAUCCAGCUUCACACCCUCAUCAUUCCGAUUUGUAUAGAGGUUCCCUGCUUGCUCCUCCCUUCUCUCCUUUCCCUCCAACAUAUGCACACCCCCUCAUCCAAAGCUUCCAGGAGGAUAUGAGACUCCUGGAGUCCAAGACUCUUCCCCAACAGAAGGAGAGAGAGAGAAAGAGAGACAGACAGACAGAGACAGAGACAGUUCAGAAUCUAACAGGAACGCGUUGUGUGACCUUAGGAGAGACUGGCAGUCAGACUGCUGGGGAGCCGGGAUAGGUGGAGUCUUAUGCUUUCGUACCCAUCCUUUCCUCUUUGGUAGGUACCCGAGUCUGAUAUUCCCCGAGGCUCCCAUCUUGGUCUCUGCCUCCUCUGAAUACUUUAUAGAAUCUGACCAAAGAGGGGCCAGGAGCUAGCUUUCCAAGGGACCCUAUCUCCUCCCCACCUUCUUAUUAUCACCACCCUGGUUAUCCGUCCCGCCCCCCAAACCUUGCAAUCUCUGGCCCUCUAGACCUAAUCGCCGUUUGCCCGGUACCAGGUCACCCACUCCUGACGGAAGAUAAGACGUGGUUGAAGCAAGACAAAGGAACGCCCGAGGUUUGGGACCGAAAGCAAUAACACAGGUACAAGCACACACCCCCAAACUCUACACGUGCCGGGAGCUCAGAGAGCCGGCCUCUUCCACACCCGAGUUCCCUCGGUUAUCCUACAACCGCCCCGCCUCCCGGCCCGGCAAACCUCUUCUUCACCGGGCCCCCUAAUCCAUUCACUUGCUACUUACU